UAACAACAUAAGGUGUUUAAUGUUACAUAUGAUUUUUCUAUUGUCAAAAAUAAUAGUUUAAUGUUGCAAGCAAAUAUCUUGUUACAUGGUUUAUAAAUGUCCAUUUCCUCCAAUGUUAUUACGAAGAAACCAUUGAUGAUAAGUUUGAACUAGUUUAAUGACAUGGCUCUUGAUAAUUUGUUUUUGUUCCUUGGCAUUUCACAUGGGUUUUGCUCAUGGAAAUUUAAGGUUAAAUAUAUAUCUUUCUUCAAUAUUAGAGCCUAGAAAACUCUAAACAAAAAAUAAAGGAACAAAGUUUCAGCAAUAAUGUUUUAUUAUCAUUUAUCAAAUCCCAGGUCAUGAUGUUUAACGAAGAUCCAUUCUGAUGUGAAAUGAUGCAUUCUCCCAGUCUCUAUACAUUUAUAUCUUAAAAUGUUAACCUUUUGGUGGACUAGCAGAUGAUCAUUACCAAAUUAGAAGUCAGAAAAUUCCAAUUCCUCAAGGUAAAAGUUCUUUAAAGAAAAGAACUAAGAGAUCAUGUUCAAGGAAAAACCUUGGUUGCUCAUAUUAAGGGAACUUCGUAUUGAUACUUUCUUACUAUUGAUAACAGGUAGCAUCGUCUUAAGACAUCAGAUGCCUUGGCAGAUGGCAUCUUAUUUCCCAUUGCCUAGUGGUGUAUGGCUUGAUUAUAACUAUCUAUCAAUGCUUUUGCUGACAUCUUCAGCCAAAUCGUUUACUGAUUCUGCAGUGUUUUUGAAAGAAUAGUCUUCACACUAAAUGCUUGAAAAUGUGACAAUAAUGGGGCUAUAUGGACAGUAGAAUAUGACAGGAAGCAAUUAUCUAUAUACAACUUUCAAACAGACUAAAAAUACUAAUCACCUUAAGUUUCAUUCCUGGAGUUUGUAGUCAUCUUCAUGACAGUUUUGGCUGACAUAAUCAACAGGGUCCAUCACUCAUAUCGUUCCAUAUUGAUGUUGUCUUCCAAGUCAAUGCUGGUGUCGACUCCUGAUUGGUGAACUUGUCAUUUGCAGGAGACACUUUAACUGAGUCAUACCAUUGCCCAAUUCAUCCUUCUAUUCCAGUGUCUAAUCCAUCUUGACUAGUUAAUCAGGAUGGAGAUAGGCAAUGGUGGACUAGUACAGGCCACUGGAGUGGAUGUAGAAAUGAACUGGUCAGGUUCGCAACCCAUGCUAUUGGCGUGUGUCGUUGUUCUUCAUAACCAUUCACUGUCCAAUCAUUCUCCAAAGUCCAAACUGCUUUGAUUUCACUUUCUACCUCUGUUUUUGAGGAACUAGCUAGGGAAAUUACACCUAUCAGUGUUUAUACUCUUGCAUGAUAUUUUUUUGAACAUUUGUCAUAGUUUAACGCUGGUGGCAACAUAACGCAACCCUCCUUUAUUCGGAUUUGGGACCGGCCAUGACUAGUUCGUCAUGAAGGGAGGAUGUCUGGUAAACCCUAGGUGAUGAAGAAGGAGAACUAAGCGAAGAAGGUGGAGUAGUCACUUACAACAUACCUCGUGGAAGCUGAGAGCAAAAGAUGCUCUAUUACGGUCCUUGCGGAAGACACUGGCUGCUCAUAGAAGAAGCUCGUGAAGAAGGACAUGCGAUUCAAGAGCUUCUUGCUAGCAAUUAGCAAUUGGGAAAUGGUGGAUGAGUGGAUUCUGAGAUCUUGGAGUUUCUCACGAGGAAGAAUGAGUGAAAUUUUAGCUUUCAGAGUUUCUCGUGGUGAAGGAUGAGUGAUAAAGGUAGUAGUUUCACUCACCCACUUGCAUAUCGGCAGUUUCAUAGUUUCUUGUGUGUUGAUUGAAGGUGGAACGAAAAAUUACACCUGUGCUAACCGGCACGGAAUGAGAUAUAAAACCAUGCAUGAUAGUAGAUAGAAUAGAUUGACUUAUAAUUGUGUAUGCAACUAAGAACAAUGAGAUGUUGUUCCAAAGCAGUUACUACAAGUAGUUAAUUGUUGAUAAUAGACUUCAUAUACUGAUGCUGUUCUAGCACGUAGCAACAGGCAAUUGAUUCCUGACAAAGAUUAGCGAAGUCUGCCUCUUUGUUAUUGCGCUUACCCAAGAUAGUUCAUUUGUGUUCUUUCAGAUAGGUUGUGAUAGCAGCAUAAAGUAGAGCUCCAUAGAGGUAAUAAGCAUGUCUAUUCAGCCAGUUUGGUCAUGUAAUGACAUCACAAUCAACUAGCCAAGCUUCCUACUCAUCAUGGUUGAUGGCGAGCCAUAAGGUUGGAUCCUAUUUAUUAGAUAUUGUUUCAAAAUGGAAAGGAAACUCGUAAGGGUAUGAUGGAGGUUGGAAGGCAACAUCUGGGCCGUCAUGAGCAUCUUGAGCAUGGUGGAGGCACAGCUACCUCCAGGGUUCAGGUUCCACCCAAGGGAUGACGAGCUCAUCUGCGAUUACCUUGCAUUAAAGCUCACUGGAAACAAUAUCAGGAGCUUCAAUGGCUGUCCUAUGAUGGUGGAUGUUGAUCUUAAUAUGUGUGAGCCAUGGGAUCUCCCUGGAAUUGACAAUGGUGCAAGGAAUCACUGUCAUGGAAUUGAACUAGUGCUUGUCUCAUGUCACCAAGUCCAUCUACACCUUUACUUCUUUGGUUUAAACCUUAAGCUUGCUAUUGCAUGUGUGGGGGGGAAGGAAUGGUACUUCUUCAAUCUCCGGGAUCGAAAGUAUGCGACAGGACAGAGAACAAACCGUGCAACCAUGUCAGGCUACUGGAAGGCCACCGGAAAGGAUAGGUCAGUGACACGGCAGAAUGUACAUGUUGGGAUGAGGAAGACUUUGGUGUUCUACCAAGGAAGAGCUCCCAAGGGAAAGAAGACAAAUUGGGUCAUGCAUGAAUACCGCAUGGAAGAUUCUGCUGUUGCUGCAACCCAAAAGAUAUUUUCCUUCCAGCAGGAUGAUUGGGUCCUUUGUAGAGUUUUCUACAAGAGCAGAGAGAUGCCCACCAAGCCCAGCAUGGAGACAAGCCAAUAUGAUUCAGGCCGCCGGACCCUCCCCCCUCUCGUCGAUAACUAUAUUAACAUUGACCAAACCCCACUAAACAUGGAAGGGUUUGGGCAGGUGCCCUGCUUCUCCAGUAUAAUUCCACAUCUGUCGUCGUCGGAAAGGGGCGUGCCACUAACAAGAUGCUUUCAUCAAAUGACUGGCCUGCCUAACUUGGGCUAUCGAUUGAACCAGCUCGACAGUGACAGAAAGCUCACGAAAUCAGUACUGAACUGCUUAGCCAAGAUGGAAGGCGACCCAAAGCAAGCACUGGUGCAAAAUUUAGUGGAAGGGUGCUUUGGCAGUUGCUCAACACAGCGUGGCCUCCCACCAGCUUGGAAUCCUUUUUGAUAAGGCUGCUGCAGAAUUAUAACAAAUAAAAGUAUUCCGCAUAUCUAUGCCACAACUAUCCCCCAAAUGCUUGAUGAUUGGAUAAGUCUAAGAACAUUGCA